ACAGUCUUCUGCGUAUAUUCCGGCUGUUUGACUCAGAAGUCCACGGUGAUGCGAGAUUUACCUGAGGAGAUUAGAUUGUGAGUGUCAAGAUGGUCUGAUGGACCGGCGCUUCUUCCUGACCUUUCUCAUCUGCUCCGCGUUGUGGAUCUUCUUCUGGGAAGUGCACUGGAAGAAAGGCAAAGAAGGCCAGAUUGAGGAAUGGCUCCAAGGACAUCGACUUUCUCAGUACAGACAUUUAUUUGAAGAUGUACAGACCUUGGAGGAGCUGAGUUUGAGUGUACUGAGUCGCCUGGAAGAGGUGGUGAAGGAACAGCAGAGCUGGAGGGAAAUUGCUGAGGCUCAUAUCCGGCUUCUCCAAGACUUUGCCUUCCAGGAGUGGCUUUGUUCCCAGAACCUGGAACACUUUUACCAUACGUUGAAGACUUUGGGUUAUAUGAAUCUGGAUGAUCUGUCGCAGUUCGACAGCCACCUGCACCUCUCCUUAGCCGCCUGGGGGUAUUACUACGAAGACUACAUCAAGCUGUCUACCGGCAUCAAGAUCCUGCAGAACUCCCGGAGGAGUCGCGACCAGGACUACGAGAUCCAGCUUGUGCACAGUCUUGCUGAGAGGCGUCUGAAUGAGAAGUGGUCGAUUGCUGGAGCUCUCCUAUUUGGCUGUACUGUGGCGCUGUGCUUCUUGAUAAGGGACCUGAUGUUUUACGUGAUUGGUGGAAUUACUGUUUCCAUCAUUGCAUUUGUCUUCACCAUCAAGUUCCUCUGUGAGCUUGCAGCCAGAGUUGUUAGCUUCCUGCAAAAUGAGGAUCCAGGUCGACGCGGGGACCGCAGCAUCUACGACUACGUGCGGGGCAACUACCUGGACCCACGUUCCUGCAAGGUGUCCUGGGAUUGGAAGGAGCCACAAGAAGUGGGGCAGACGAUGAGCUUCAGAGUCCAACUCUUCUAUAAAAACGGCCAGCCUUUCCCGGCGCAUCGGCCCGUGGGGUUGAGAGUCAACAUCACCCACAUUGAACUGGCUCUGGAUAUCCCUGUUACACAGGAGGUCUUACAAGAACCGGAGUCCAAUGUGGUGAAAGUAACGUUCACCGUGCGCAAGGCCGGACGCUACGAGGUUGCUGUCAAGCUAGGCGGCCUCAAUGUGGCCUACAGUCCGUACUAUAAAAUCUUUCAGCCAGGUACAGUUGUUCCAUCCAAGACCAAGAUAGCCUACCAUUUCUCCACUCUGGUGCUAACACACAGCCAGCAGCACACUCUGCAAAUUGAGCCCAGGGACGAAUACGGCAACCCCACCAGUAACUCUACAUCGCUGACAGAUGAAGCAAACUACAGCGUCCAAGUACACUCUCUGGGCACAGUGGACGAUGACAGCAUGGAGGGCCACUACAGUAAGACGGUGUCCCUCAACAAGCAGCAGUGUCAGGUUCUGAUGAGACUGACCCUGUGGAAGACCGGCUGUUUCAGAGCCCGCAUCUCCUAUCAGGAUCAGCCGCUCAGCAACGGGGAGUUUGACAUUAUUGUUCUCAAUGAGAAUGAGAAGACCUACGUGGAGAAAAAUGUGUCCACGCCAGGCAUCAGCAUCUAUUUCGAGGCGUACCUCUACAGCAGCGGCAACUACAGCAGCUGCUCGUGGCAACUACCGGCCUCCUCUCUGCUGGCUCCCCAGAGGAGGCCGUCCACGGCGGAUGAGGAGGACGAGCACGACUCUCCUGUGGAGGGGCAACCUGAGAAGGUCAAGAAACCAAAAAAGGUCUACUGUUACAUAUCGCCAAAGCAACUGUCUGUGAAGGAGUUCUACCUGAAAAUUAUUCCAUGGCGCCUUUUCACCUUUCGAGUAUGUCCCGGAACAAAGUUUAGCUAUCACGGCCCAGACCCGGUUCACAAGUACCUCACCCUCGUGGUCGAUGACGGGAUCCAGCCGCCGGUGGAGCUCAGCUGCAAAGAGAGAAACAUCAUGGCCGCCACCUUCAUCCGCUUUCUACACAAAAACAUCGGCGGCUCUGAGACCUUCCAGGACAAGGUGAACUUUUUUCAACGUGAACUCAGGCACAUCCACUCCAAGAGACCUCGCACCAAGACUUGCCUAAAAAUCACCCGCCACUCGAUUCUCGAUUCAUCCCUAAAGGCAACACGGAACUUCUCGGUGUCCGACUGGAAUAAGAACUUUGAGGUGGUUUUUCAGGACGAGGAAGCUCUGGACUGGGGGGGUCCUCGCCGGGAAUGGUUUGAGCUAAUAUGCAAGACCCUUUUUGACACCUCCAACUACUUAUUCACUCGCUUCAGUGAUAACAACCAGGGCCUGGUGCACCCAAAUGCCGAGCGACCGCCACACUUGCGACUGAAGAUGUACGAGUUCGCCGGCCGCGUCGUCGGCAAGUGCCUGUACGAGUCCGCGCUGGGCGGGGCUUACAAACAGCUCGUUCGGGCUCGCUUCACGCGCUCCUUCCUGGCUCAAAUCAUUGGCCUAAGAAUGAAUUACAAGUACUUUGAGACGGACGACCAGGAAUUCUACAAGACCAAAGUGUGCUUCAUCCUGAACAACGACGUGAGCGAAAUGGACCUGGUGUUUGCUGAGGAGAAGUACAGCAAGUCGGGACAGCUGGAAAAGGUGGUGGAGCUGAUCUCAGGGGGGGCCCACAUUGCCGUUACCAAUGAAAACAAGAUGCAUUAUCUCAACCUGCUGGCCCAGUACAGGCUGGCCAGUCAGGUGAGAGACGAGGUGGAACACUUCCUGAAAGGUUUGAACGAACUGGUUCCAGAAAAUCUGCUAGCCAUAUUCGAUGAGAACGAGUUGGAGCUGCUGAUGUGUGGCACCGGCGAUAUAAACGUGCAGGACUUCAAGGCCCACGCUGUGAUCGUCGGGGGAUCGUGGCAUUUUCGGGAGAAGGUGAUGAAGUGGUUCUGGGCGGUGGUGUCCAGCUUCACUCAGGAGGAGCUGGCUCGACUCCUGCAGUUCACCACCGGCUCCUCCCAGCUGCCUCCUGGGGGGUUCAACACGCUUUGCCCGUCCUUUCAGAUCAUCGCAGCCCCCACGCACAGCACCCUACCCACCGCACAUACUUGUUUCAACCAGUUGUGCCUCCCCACCUACGACUCGUACGAGGAGCUUCACAAGAUGCUGAAGCUGGCCAUCAGCGAGGGCAGCGAAGGCUUCGGCAUGCUCUGACGGCUGGCAACCGUACGCCAGCCCAGCAGGAGGAGCCAGCCACGCUUUUGGUGCCGCGUUCGUUCCCCUCGCAUUCAUCCGCUUCUGAUAGCAUCCCUGGUGGAGAAGAAUCACCCACGCUUCUUCUGAACUCUUAUUAGGAUGAGAAGGUGUCACGUGUGGAUUGACUGCGCUGGAAUCAUAUGAACUUACCAUGUAUGUGUAUAUAUAUAUAUAAGUACCAUUUUUUUUUUUUUUUUUUAAAAAGGAUCCCUCGGCCUGCAGAAAAAGGGUGAGGUAUGAGCUUCUUCUUCUAUCUUAAUGCUGACAUUAGCUGACUUUUAUAUCCAGUAAAGUGAAAGUUAGUGACACUAGCGCAAAGGCCUUGAGUAUUCUCGCAUAAACCGAAAACCGAGGAACACUAAAGUGCAGCAGCAGCUCUCACGUGAUAUCGCUGCUGUUUGCAUCUCCAGCACUUUGGCCUUAAACCAUCAGGGACUGAUGUCUGUUUGUAAAUAUACCAUGUCAUUAUACUUUUUUUUAUAUUCAUUUACUUGUACAUACUAGUAGUGUACACGAAGGAGCAUUAGGGCCACAAAAACAUUGUAAUAUUUUGACUUUAUUCUUGUAAUAUUACAAGAGAUUUUUUUAAUAAUAAUAGUUAAAUUAAUUUAAUAAGCAAUACAAAUUAGAAUAAAUUAGAAAUGUCAAAAUAUUACAGGAAUAAAGGUAUUUUUAUUUGUUCAAGAAAAAUAAAAAAUAUUAAAACUAGAGCUUUUUUCCGUGGAAUAUUGGCUGAAAAAUAUCUAAAAAAAAUCACAAGUCGUAACGACAUUGAAAAUAUAUUCAAGAAAAAAUAUGAAAAAUAUGUUCUCAUAAUACAAUGGUAUUAUGGGGACAAUAUGCUUCUUACAAAUAGCACAAAAAGGAAUAAACAGUAUUACAAGCAUGAGAUAUAUUAAAAAAAAAACUACUUUAUCAUCCUAAUGCAUUUUUUCCCCCUAACUUUAUUUGUCUUUUUUUUUUUAUAAUAGUGUUAAUGUCUGACAGAAUAAAGUCUUACAUUGCUGAGAACAAAUAAUUUAAUUUAAUAAGCAAUACAAAUUAGAAUAAAUUAGAAAUGUCAAAAUAUUACAGGAAUAAAGGUAUUUUUAUUUGUUCAAGAAAAAUAUAAAAAUAUUAAAACUAGAGUUUUUUUCCUUGGAAUAUUGGCUGAAAAAUAUCUGAAAAAAAAUCACAAGUUGUAACGACAUAGAAAAUAUAUUCAAGAAAAAAUAUGAAAAAUAUGUUCUCAUAAUACAAUAGUAUUAUGGGGACAAAAUGCUUCUUACAAAUAGCACAAAAAUGAAUAAACAGUAUUACAAGCAUGAGAUAUAUUAAAAAAAACUACUUUUUCAUCCUAAUGCAUUUUUUCCCCCUAACUUUAUUUGUCUUUUUUUUUUUAUAAUAGUGUUAAUGUCUGACAGAAUAAAGUCUUACAUUGCUGAGAACAAAUAAUUUAAUUUAAUAAGCAAUACAAAUUAGAAUAAAUUAGAAAUGUCAAAAUAUUACAGGAAUAAAGGUAUUUUUAUUUGUUCAAGAAAAAUAUAAAAAUAUUAAAACUAGAGUUUUUUUCCUUGGAAUAUUGGCUGAAAAAUAUCUGAAAAAAAAUCACAAGUUGUAACGACAUAGAAAAUAUAUUCAAGAAAAAAUAUGAAAAAUAUGUUCUCAUAAUACAAUAGUAUUAUGGGGACAAAUUGCUUCUUACAAAUAGUACAAAAAUUAAUAAACAGUAUUACAAGCAUGAGAUAUAUAUUAAAAAAACUACUUUAUCAUCCUAAUGCAUUUUUUCCCCCUAACUUUAUUUGUCUUUUUUUUUAUAAUAGUGUUAAUGUCUGACAGAAUAAAGUCUUACAUUGCUGAAAACAAAGGAUUUAAUUUAAUAAGCAAUACAAAUUAAAAUAAAUUAGAAAUGUCAAAAUAUUACAGGAAUAAAGGUAUUUUUAUUUGUUCAAAAAAAAAAAUAUAUUAAAACUAGAGCUUUUUUUCUUGUAAUAUUGGCUGAAAAAUAUAUAUAAAAAAAAAAACCCAAGUACUAAUGACAUAGAAAAUAUAUUCACGAAAAAAUAUGAAAAAUAUGUUCUCAAAAUACAAUAUAUUAUGGGGACAAAAUGCUUCUUAUAAAUAGUACAAAAAUGAAUAAACAGUAUUGAGAUAUAUAAAAAAAAUUCACAAAACUAUCAUCCUAAUGCAUUUUUUCCCCCCUAACUAUUUUAAAUCUAACUUUAUUCGUAUUGCGUUUACAAUGGGUACAUGAAUACUUCUAUUAAUCCGGUUUAUUCUACUCUUGGAAUGUUACAUUUUUCAAAGGUUUACAACUUUUUUUCCUAAUAUUUAAUUCUAUUAUCAUCAGUGCAGCCCUAAUGCUUCUUCGUCCUCCAUGUUUUCAUUUGAUAAUAAUCCAUAAUCCAUACAGUACAGGUUUUUUAAGUUAUUGAGAAAAUAUAUGUUCAACCCCUGUGUUGUGAAUAACGAGCAGUAACAAGUAUUAUGUUGUUUUUUUUUGUUUUUUUGUUUUUUAAAGCCUGCCUUAGUCGUGCUUGGCCUCUGAUUGUAUCCAGACGCUUGUGAAGACGAGCGGACUCGACAACAAUCCGCAAAACGGCUAAAGUCGGAGAGCAUUUUUCCCGUUAACACGGGAAUAAGGAAUGACUUUGCCCACACGUUCGCAUCCUCUGAUAGGUUUACCUCAGAAGCUUCUAGGCCCGCCUUUACAUCCUUCUUGACGCGGGAGUGACGGGUCUGAGCAAACACGCACAUGCAAGUUCAUAUAGUUGCCUCCACUUCCUGCCCCCCCCCCCCACCCCCCCUUACAAUGUACAGCCAAUCAUGCAAUGAAUCGUGUUGUUAUCCGUGCACACUCCUACAGUAAACCUCGGAUAUAUCGGAUUCAAUUGUUCCCACUGGUUUUGUCCGAUAUAAGCGAAAUCCGUUAUAUGCGUAUAAUGCGGAAAAUGUCCGUUUUUACGCAUAUAUCGGAUUUAUGUAUAUCCGGUAUAUAUGCGUAAAUCGGAUUUUAUCCGUUUAUAAAAAGGCACUUCGUUGACUAUGUUUCCAAUGUACCUGGCAACGCUGCAAACGACGUCGUAUAGCGGCUUGUCACGAUUCGGCGAAUCGGAGCACCACGAUGCGGCGAUAUAUCCGAUAUAUGCGAAGGGAAAUUUUAAUGGAAAUGCAUUGGAACGGGACUGGAGAUUUUGUCCGAAAUAGGCUAAAUCCGUUAUUAAAAAAAAAAACGAUAUAUGCAAUGAAUUUUUAUUGGAAAUGCAUUACAGAAAAAUCGGUUCUUUUUUAUCUGUCCGUUGUGAGCGAAUUUCCGAUAUAUCCGAGUCCGAUAUAUCCGAGGUUUACUGUGUUACUCUUUUGAACGCAUAUUGUUACAUUUUGAGAAGACUUUACUUAAAUUGCCCUAUCAACUAAACUGGGGGGGAGGGUAAAUCACUGAUGAUGUACAGUAAACCUCGGAUAUAUCGGAUUCAAUUGUUCCCACUGGUUUUGUCCGAUAUAAGCGAAAUCCGUUAUAUGCGUAUAAUGCGGAAAAUGUCCGUUUUUACGCAUAUAUCGGAUUUAUGUAUAUCCGGUAUAAAUGCGUAAAUCGGAUUUUAUCCGUUUAUAAAAAGGCACUUCCUUGACUAUGUUUCCAAUGUACCUGGCAACGCUGCAAAUGACGUCGUAUAGCGGCCUGUCACGAUUCGGCGAAUCGGAGCGCCACGAUGCGGCGAUAUAUCCGAUAUAUGCGAAGGGAAAUUUAAUGGAAAUGCAUUGGAACGGGACUGGAGAUUUUGUACGAAAUAGGCGAAAUCCGUUAUAAAAAAAAAAAACGAUAUAUGCAAUGAAUUUUUAUUGGAAAUGCAUUACAGAAAAAUUGGUCCGUUGUGAGCGAAUUUCCGAUAUAUCCGAGGUUUACUGUAUUAUUUAUUUUUAAUGUAUUCUGAGCCAGCAUUACUGUGUUUUCUCUUGAGUUGAAAUUGUUCCAAAUGCUGUUUGUAAUCCCGUUAGCUGUUCGUAAAAAGUCAAAGGCUUACUGAAUGUAGUACUUCAAAUUCAGCCGAGAGAUUUAAACACUGGAAUUUUUUUUUAUUUAACGGGGCAUGCUGGGAAUUUUUUUUUUUUUUUUUUUUUUGUAUUUUAAUUUUGUGCAAUGUAGGUCAAUUCAGAACAAGUUUAAAGUGCUUCAAAUGUAACUUUUGGGCACUUUGAAAGCAUAUUUAUUGUAACUUAGAUCAACUUGUAAAUCAACGGCAUUUAUACAGUAUAGAACAGGGGUGGGCAAACUUUUUGACUCGCGGGCCGCAUUAAUUUAACAAAAUUGACAGGGGGGGGGGGGGAUUAUGUAGUAUUUUACACGUAACAGUCCAUUUUUACACCUAUAUUUUUACACAUAUUUUACAUGUAAAAGUGUCAUGCAAUCUGCUAUAAGUGCACUUUGAAAUCAUUUAUUUGAUGUAAAGUGUGUUAUAAAUGUAUUAUUAUUAUUAUUAGAAUUAUUAGAAUUAUUAUUAUUAUUAGUUAUAGUAAUGUUAUUAUAUUAUUAUUAUUAUUUUGUUAUAAUAAUUAUAUUACUACCAUUAUAUUAAUAUUAUUAACAACAAUAUUAAUAUAAUAGUAGUAUUAUUAUCAUUAUUUAUAUUACUAUUAUUGUGCUUGUGCUCCUUUUUCCAGGAGUAUUUUGUAAUAUUACUACCAUUAUUAUAUUA